AGCAUGCGCAGAAAUGAAAGAUCCCAUGUGGCUGUGUAGUCAUUUUGUAACGCGGAUGAAGUCAAUUUAUUAAAUUUUAUAUUUAAAAAGAAAAAUAUUUAAAUAAAAAAAUAACCGUAACGUUUUUUUGAAUUAUCACUGCGUUUACAUGCCUGUAUAUUUUGACAUAUCUGAGAAAAUGAAAGAAGAACCAAUGGAAGACGUCGGGAACGAAGACAAAAGCAGCGAGAGCAGCGACGAGUCUAUGGAAGGCGAUAAUACAAACGAAAGUCAAACAGAAACCAAAUCGCAAGUAUAUCUUCCAGGACAAGCUCUACAAGAAGGAGAGGAACUUACUGUGGAUAAGUCGGCGUAUAAAUUGUUGCAUCACGCACAAUCUGGAGCACCAUGCCUCAGCUUCGACGUGAUACCAGAUGAUUUGGGUAAUUCCAGAGAGAGUUAUCCCUUAAACAUGUACAUAGUCGCUGGGACACAAGCUGCCAGGACGCACGUUAAUAAUCUCCUUGUCAUGAAAAUGUCCAAUUUACGUGGUAAUAAGCAUUCUGAUGAUUCAGAAAGUGAAUCAAGCGAUUCAGAAGACGAAGAUGAUGAGAGUAAGCCAGUCAUGAGUGUUGCUCCUAUCAAACAUCAAGGGUGCAUUAAUAGAGUGAGAUGUACAAAAAUUGGUGGAGGAAUUCUAGCUGCCAGCUGGAGUGAACUGGGACGUGUAAAUAUCUGGAAUUUACAAGAACAGUUGAAUGCAGUUGAAAAUCCCAGCUUGCUGACUGCAUAUCGUAACAAGUGUGAUAAAGCAAGUGCAGAUAUUAAACCAUUGUAUACAUUUAAAGGACAUCUAUCUGAAGGAUUUGGCCUUGAUUGGAACCGCUUAGAACCUGGUACUCUAGCAUCUGGUGAUUGCAAAGGUAACAUUCACAUAUGGCGAAUUGAUAACAGUGGCGCAUCCUGGCACAUAGACCAAAGGCCAUACAAUUCACAUGCUCCACACAGCGUGGAAGAUUUGCAGUGGUCGCCAAGUGAAAAGAACGUUCUGGCAUCGUGUUCCGUAGACAGAAGCAUAAAGAUUUGGGACAUGCGAGUAAGUCCACAGAAUGCGUGCAUGUUGACAGCAUCUGGCACUCACACGGCUGAUAUCAACGUUAUCUCCUGGAAUCUAAAGGAAAGUCAGUUUAUAGUAUCAGGUGGAGACGACGGGAUGCUCUGCGUAUGGGAUUUGCGACAAUUUGGACCUAACGGUGCAAGUCCGGUUGCUACUUUUAAGCAGCACACUGCGCCAGUCACUACCGUAGAAUGGCAUCCUACUGAAACCACAGUGUUUGCUUCCGGCGGAGCUGACGAUCAGAUCGCUCAAUGGGAUUUGUCGGUAGAAGCAGAUCACACAGAAGAACCUCAAGACAGUGUGUUAGCUAAAUUACCGCCACAACUACUGUUCAUACAUCAGGGUCAGUCAGAUAUCAAAGAAUUGCAUUGGCACCCGCAAUGUCCAGGAACUAUAAUAUCGACCGCACAUUCAGGAUUCAAUAUAUUCCGUACAAUUAGUAUAUAAUAUAUCACA